UACUUGCUUAAACGAUAAAUAAAAGUGCCUAUUAAAACGGACUUAGUUUCCAAUUUAAUCAGUCAUUCAUUGUCCUUGAAGAGUUGUUUCAUUUUAAGUUAGAGAGUCGUUAUAAAACGAGAUAAACAUAAAAAAUAAUUUUAAAUCGGAGAAACAACACAAAAUGAAUUCAGAUGGUAAAAUAAUCAGAUUUGUACUUUUAUUAUUUCUGUGCGAGUCUUAUCUUUGUAUUACAAAAGAUAACGACUUUUGUUUAGAAGACGACGCUGUGAUACAUAGGAUUUUAGAUUUAUCUUAUGUGCAAUGCCAAGAAGAAUGUGGUAAGAGGCGACAUUGUAAAGCAAUCAACUACUGGCGGUCAUUUAACCUGUGUGAGCUACUGGGGACAAAUCAAGGUAGUAAAGGAACUAGUGUGCCAAGGAAAAAAGCUUGCUUAUUUUUGAAAAAGACAGAUAUGCUAGAUACAAUUAUAAAGGGAUGUAAUUGUUCCGAGGAUUUGACGUGCGACCCCGAAACAAAGACAUGCGCAGUGACUGAAUGUUCGAAGAUUACAUUAACCAAUGGUCAACUAUUUGGUAACAUGUAUUCCGUUGGUUCACGCGUAAAAUUCAUAUGUAAUCCGGGAUACGUUAAGGCGACGAACGAAUUCAAUUCUGUUUGUGAAGCAUCUGGCCAAUGGUCAAGCCAGCCAAAUUGUUUUAGAGAUUGUGGAACUGUUCCAAGCGUUUCAAACGCUCAGGUGAUAAGCGGUGGUGGUUUAACGACAGAGGGCGCAGUUGUACGUUACCAGUGCCUACCAGGCUUUACUUUCAACGGCAAUCAGAGCAACUUGACAUGCACAGCAGACGGUACAUGGUUUGAUCAAGCUAGUGUCGUAUGUGUUCCAGUGAAAGGCAUUGGGGAUCCAUGUGCCAAUCAUUCAGACUGUACGCUAACAGACGGUGUUUGUGUAGGUGGUAUGUGCUUUUGUAGUCCGUUGUACCGCUACAAACCAGAAAUUAACGAUUGCUUCCAAGUUUGCACCUCGUUCACUGACACAUUUACAACUUUUGCGAAUACUGCCGUAAAGGGUUACAAUGAUAUAGGUGUUUCGUACCCUAUAACUGAUGCAAAACAAUGCGAAGAUUUAUGUAGGACUGAUCCUCAAUGUCUAUCAUUCGAGGUGUGGGAAAACUGGGAUUAUGAUCAUUCUACCAGCACGUGGAUUUAUAAAGGCCUUUUAUGUAACAGAGCGUCAAUAGCGUACUUAAAUAUACUCGAUGCGGAUCCAAGCAGUAUAUCUAAUUCGCACAGUAUUUCUAACAGAGACUGUAUAUAAUACAUACUGAUUUAUGAAUGUUAAUUGUCUUGGCUAAUUUAUGUUACCAUGUCGUGACUAGUUUUGACACUUCUCUUUCCUUUAGCUCUGAUUUCAAUGUACUUUUUUGACUCGCACGUAAAUGUAUUUCUAAAUUGAAAGAAAAUGUAUAGUUAUUAGAUUUAGCUUUCAGUCUAAAGUUUAGUCACUUACUACUACUUACUAUACAUGUAUUUGAAUAUCUAACAAUUAGUACAUUUAAUUUGCCGCCAUCAUGUGCUAUGGUAAAUGAUAAAUGAUGCGUGUCGCUUAAAUGUCCUACAGUUUUUAAAGCAAUGGCGUGUUUAUAAAGUAGUCAUCACAAUGUUCAUAAUUGUGAAUGCUGCAAAUUUAAAACAGUUCGCGGAUUACCAUUCAUUAUCAUAAGUUUGAACGAACGUUCCGACUGUAAUGCUGCGUCAUGGAAAUAUCACAUUUUGGAUUCAUAUUAUAACUGGUUGAUUUAAAAUGGACUGGAAAGCAUUCUCUACCAAGGACAUCAGUCGUAUGGACAGCGUCAUAUCUAUUUGAAAGCGUUAAAAAUCUGAUCGUGCAGGUAUGAAGUAAGCAGCUUUAAGCAAAUUUAAGUGUAGUUAUAUUACCUUACUUUCUUUGUGUCAAAGAUGACUUCGUCUUUAACUCAGAAGCACUGUAAAGAUAGCUUUCAAAUUCAAAUUAUGCACUUAUGUGUAAGUUUUAUAAUCAGCAUUUUAUACCGCAUAAUUAAUUGACAGCUUUGUUUUUAUAUGUUGUCACAAUUUUUAAUUAUCACGACCUUAUAACAUAAUGAAACUAUUUGAUAUUAACAAUUGGCACAGUCGUUUUCAUACAAUUUAUGAAUUGUAAUGUUCACAUUUAGAUAAGAUGUAGUUGCACCU